AUGAGAAUCAGCUGCAAUGGGUGUAGAGUCCUACGCAAGGGCUGCAACCAAGAUUGCAUCAUAAGACCAUGCCUUCAAUGGAUCAAAUCCGCAGACUCCCAAGCCAAUGCUACACUCUUCCUAGCCAAGUUCUACGGUCGAGCCGGUCUCCUUAACCUCAUAGAAUCUGGUCCUGACCAUCUUCGUCCUGCAAUAUUUAGGUCACUUCUAUACGAGGCGUGUGGUCGGAUUGUGAACCCUGUCGACGGCUCAGUUGGUUUGAUGUGUUCAGGAAAUUGGGCCCAGUGCCAAGCCGCCGUUGAUGCCGUACUCAACGGUUCACCCAUCACUCACACACCUCUUCCCAGUGCAUCCGCGUCGCAUCAGAUCAUUCCUCCUCACAGAACUUACGACAUACGCCACGUGGCGAAAGAUCCAGCAACGGGUCGAGGUAGUUCGGAGAGUCUGGCCCUGUCCCCACGUGUUAAUGGUAGCAAGACCAAUGCACAAGCUGACCGUUUCAAACGCCUUGCUGAUGCGACCAUGAAUUACCAACCAGGCGAAUGUAGUCAUGGCACGUGGCAUCUCCAGAGUUCUUGUGCAACGCAUGGCUACGGUCAGUUGGCGUUGGAGACUGUGGAGAGUGGAAGGGGAGCUCCAUUAAAUCAAAGUUCGAACAUUGGGUUUGAUGAUCAAGUCGAUGUCAACGAGGUUGGCUUAGAGCUCAGACUUGGUUAG